UAAUAAGAGUGACCAAAGACGAAUUUUUGUUAGUUUGGAGCAAUUUGGGCGUACAGAGUAUAGGAUAGAUUCUAGGUCUGUAGAGUCGAAAGAGUUCAGAGUGUUUUCCAGACCUUGACCUAGAUCUAUAUAUCUAUAUUAAUAAUAUAGAUCUAUAUAAAUCUAGAUCUACUCGUUCGAAUUUCAAAUGGGUAAUAAGAAGAAUGGAAGCAGAAGUAAAAAAAGAAAGUUUCAUGGCAAUAAAUUUACGCUCAGCCGUAAAAUUAAAAUAGAUCUGCCAGAAGCUACUUCAGUUAGAUCUACAUCUAGCCUUCAGCCACUUCACUGUCUUCAGGCUCAGCCUCAGGAUGCAAGCAAAAAAAAUAUAUUUGCUCAAAUAGGCUUGCCUUAUUUGGAAACAAAAGUCUUGCUGCCAUUAGAGUCUGAACCCAAAAUAGUAAAUGUCCCUUUGGAACAAGAUCUAACAGUGUUGGAUGUGAAAUCACUUAUAGAAGGAGUUACACAAAAAGACUUAACUGAAUAUCAGCACAUGAUAGCUGUGAAUAUCAUGGAUGUGACUUGCCUGCAAAAAGAACAGAAAAUAGCCACAUAUUUUGCAAAGCUGGAAGAUGGUUACAUCACAUUUUUAAAACAGACUAUUGAGAUUCCAGUCAGACCACAGAUGGAAGUAGGAACUUAACAGAUCUGAUCAUUGUUGUUGUGUUGAUAUGAUGCUUUGCUAUUUAUGAACAAAUGUCAAGUUGGUAUUUUGUCAUGUAUAUACUUUGACAAACGUUUUUAUUAUUUUAUAAUUUAAGAAAUGGUUCUUUUUUAACAUUAUUUCAAUGAAAUCUCAUAACUUGCCAUCUAUAUCAUCUGUCCUUUAUCUUCCUCAUGGAACAUGCUAGUCUUAUAAUUGCUUAUUAAAAUAUUAAUUCUUUCCUGCCCUCUCUUCAUCUAGAUCAGUGUUUCCCAAACUAUGUUUCGCGUAACCCAUGUGUUCCGUGAGGUCUCAAUAUGUGUUCCACGAGCUGCUGAAAUAAUUAAGCAGUAGGCCACCUGAGAAUAAACCUCUCUAAAAAAAUAAGCAAUGUGUUCCGCUAAAUACUCAGAAUGAGAGACGUGUUCCGUUAAAGAAAAGUUUGGGAAACACUGAUCUAGAUCACUGGGUCACCCUUUUUAUCUUUACAAGAAAGAAUGUUAAAGAGUUUUGAAUAAAAUGGAAGUUGCUGCAUGACUUGCUCUCUUGUUUUAGUCUUUCAGUUCUAAAUGUAUAAGAGUUGUAGCAAUGGAAGCAACUAAUAAUAAAGAAACUAUAAUUGAUUCUGAUUUAGGGGCUCAGCAAAACUUAUUCUAAUGAAUAUUUUCAAAACAUGUUAUCAUGUGGCCAACAGUGUCUCUACUUUUCCCAACUUAAGUCAGGUACCUAUUAGAGUUGGAUGGACACAGGGAGGCUUUAAGAAUUCUGAAAUCAUAAUCAUAAUUUUUUUAGCUGUAUGGCAGGUAAUCACCAAGUUAAUUCUGAAAUCAUAAUCAUAAUUUUUUUAGCUGUAUGGCAGGUAAUCACCAAGUUUUCAAUGUUUAAAAAUCAUCAGAUACUCUUGGCAAGAAAGAUAUUUUGAAAACAACCUAACCCAAAUGAAGUAUAAACACUUUACUUUAUACGUCUUAAGACUCUUGUCUUCAAAGAACCUUUAUACAAAGUCUUGCUCAAUAACAACUUCACAUUUAUAAUCCCUGAUGAUGUUAUCAAGUGCAGCGUCUAAUUAACUUUAUAUUUAAACAUUUUAAGAUAUAAAUGUUUCCUUCACUUUUUGGCUCUGAUAGGCUUCUUGAAUCAAUAUAUCUGAUUUUUUUUUUUUUAAACUAUUG